GCGGCCUCUUUCACCUUCUGUCAGCCUCAAAUCCCGUGUCUUUCCCCAGUGGGCAGCAGCAGCAGCAGCAGCAGCAGCAGCAAUUCUUAGAUUUGAUUAUAAAUUAGAGGAAAGCAACCGAACGUUUUAUGGUUGUCUUCCUGUAAUAGUUUCUUUGGAAGGACACAGACUCUUGACUUUCUCUUUCCGUCCCAUCAUAUUAGCCAGCAGUGUCCGUGGGGAAUGUCGGCCAGUUGGCAAUAGAUCUGGUGAUUUCCACACUUGACAUGACUAAAGUUGGUUACUUCUACACCGAUUGCCUGGUGCCAAUGGUUGGAAAUAACCCAUAUGCAACAGCAGAGGAAAACUCAAUGGAGCUGAGUAUAAAUGCUGAAGUGUACUCCUUACCUUCAAAGAAACUUGUAGUUCUGCAAAUCAGAUCCCCUUUUAUAAAGAACAAGUACAGGCCAUUCUGUGAAACCCUGCUUUCUUGGGUGAAGAGCAGCAAAUGUGCCAGGGUUGUCCUUCUGUCCAGCAGCCACGCGUACCAGCGUGAUGAUGAGCAACUUUUGGGGACACCACUGCGCUACCUGCUCACACCUGAUCUGGAGAAAGCAGUUGGAGGCCGCAUGAAGGAGCUAAACUGGAAAGAAAUGGAAAAAGUAGCAGCUUAUCCUGGAAUAAAUAAUACAGACAAAGUUCUGCAUAUACCUGGAGGUGGAAUCACAAAACUAUUGUUUACUGAGAGCUGUUCAGAGGGAAUCCAAAUGGCAGUUCUUCUGAAAUUUUGCUCAGAAGGAGACAACAUCCCUGAUGCAUUUGUUCUUGUUAACUAUCUUAAUGAAUGGCUCCAGCUAAUUAAAAGUGAAUUGCAGAGCAACAAUUCCACAGAUCCUUCUUCACAGUGGAAGAUACCGAGUUCUUGGCGCCUACUUUUUGGCAACGGUCUCCCACCUGCCCUCUUCUGAUCAGCUCUGAACUCGCUGUGAGUCAUGUGUGCAGUCGCAGAUAUCCCUUGAGGUGGUGAUUACACAGUAAUAGCCAAGGAGCAGCAGCUUGCUUUGGUGUCUACAUAAAUGCUUUAUUUAAGAAAAAUUCCUUUUGUGUAUGUGGGUAGCUAAAGAAAUUAAGGUAACUUUCACAAACUCACCAAAGAAAUAUGUUUUGUACAGUUGUUUAUUGAGUAACUUUGGUUGGAAGUUUUUUCUAAUAAAAUAUUUUUUAAGAAAC